AUGCCUCGUAAAGGCAAAUCCAAGGCCGAAAAGCCUGUCGAGGAACCUGUCUUGUUCGAAGUCGCUGAACGAGGGGAAUAUAAAGUCAAGUGGUGGAACUAUCCCGACGAAGAGUGCACUUGGGAACCUCCCGAAAGCUUUGUCCAAUGCAAAGAAGUCUUGCAAAAGUUCUGGCUCGCGGUCUCACAAUUCGACAACAGCGACACCGAUUACUAUGAAGGACAAGAAAUUCAUGCCCCGCCCUCAUGGAUCGAACAAGAAAAAGAGCUGUACGCCAGAUCUAAGGUGGACGAGAACCUUUGUGAUUCAGAUCCAGAUGACGAUGUCCCACUUUCGACAAGUACGGACUCUGACGAUGACGACGAUUUGCCACUCGCACCACCACCUAGUUCGAGCCAAAGCCGCAGGAGAAGACCUCAAAAUCAAGAAGAACACGAAGAAAUGUCAGAAUCGGACUCUGCAGACGGCCCAGUCAAGAAGCGGCCGAAAUUGCAGAACGGAAGGGGCUUCAUACUGAAGAUAAAGGACACUAACACCACGCGCUCUCGUCGCCCCGAAGCUUCUCCUCGUAGAGGCAAGACAAGGGCCCUUUCCAGCUCUGAACACGAAUCCGAGCCAUACACAUCGUCCUCCGACUUGUAUCCCCCACCUAUCUCUACCAAGAAACAACUGGUUCAGCACGCGCUCGCUGUCGUGGCUCCUAGCGCGCAGGUUCCUACUAAUGCGCAGCCAGUUGAGAAGACUGAUAAAAAGACAUUACCCCGCAUCCCCAAGCUCCUUCGACCAAGCGACGCAGAUGCGAGGAGCCUCCGUACACCAAUAGGGCCUACACCGAGGCCUCCAGAGGAACAGCGAGACAGAUUCUUUGGACGAGAGAUGGUUCAGUCGGUGCGAGGUGGCUCACCACUCGGAAGUUCACGAAACGCGUCAAAGAAAGCGGCUUCACCACCGCCACCUAACCGGCUUUUGGAGGCGGCUGAUGAAUUUUUAAGGGAUGUGGCACCUCCCCAAUUCUUUGCGCCGCUGGAUGUGAACGUACAGCAACCGUCCUUGGAUUUGUCUCUGCGACUGACCAAGAACUUGAAGGCACUGGCUCCUCCGCCAGUUUCAUCAUCUAGCGGAUUGAAAUGGACAGGGCCUCUGACAGUUCAAAUUGCGAAUUCGGCAGACAAAAUAGACUUCAAGGUCAUUAUUGGUCAAGAAGUUGAAAUCCGCCCUACUAGGUUCAACUUUUCGAUGGUGCUGCCCAAGCAGCUGGAGGUUGGAUCCUUGCUCGAUGCCGAAGACUUGAAGACUAUUUUCAAAGCGUGUCAACGACCGGCGUACUGGGCUCAAGUCACGCGUGAUCCUGUUGACGAGAAUGAAACCGCUUGGAAGAACUUGGGAGCGUUGAUGACUCGGCGGAGACAGGUUGCGAUGAUUCCUCUCUAUAUGGAUGGUAACCAUGUCGCCCAUCUGCUUCUCUACCCCUCACGCGUGCAACUAUUGCUCGACAUUCCUCUGACCAAAGGCGAUGGCAGUCUCAUGGCCGUGAUCCUUCCAUGGUCGCUCAAUCCACAGCAGAUAUCUGGUACCGACACCUGGACCUCUGAUACCCCGACCCGAUCGAUUCGAAAUUGGGGCCCCUUUGCCAAUGCCCAGUUGCAGUUCGACAAAAUCAGGGACCUCUUAUCGAGUCCGGUGGUCAAGCACGAUGACGCUCCCGUACGCACUGUGGAAUAUGGGCCGGCCCAUUGGAAAACGCUCGUGAAGCUACGCCCUACCUAUCAGCUGGCUCUCCGUGUUCUGGGGUUCCCCGAGGGUAUAUACCGACACCUUCAGCGCGUUCAGCGAUAUUGGGGCAUCUACAAGGGCGGCGCUGCAGGCCUCAGCGGCCAUCCCGGUUCUCUGGCAACAUUGACAUCGACAAAAGGGACCUCACCCAGAGCUGAACUGGAGUCCCAGUUGCUAGCGUCAAUCUUGAAUCGCGUCAGACUCGAGUGCGAUGUGUCCGAGAUGCCUGAAUACCAGCAUCUCAUCAAGAGCGAGAUGGUGAAGAAGGCGGAGGUGGAACGCCCUGGAAUAAGACCUGUCUCUGGUGGCAACAAACCGGGGAUUGUUUUCAUCCACCUUGAAGCGCUUGGGGAUCUGGAUCAGCUCUCGGAUUUCGUCGAGCUUGUCAAGGCGACGAAGGACAGCGUGGAGUUUUAUUCAUUUGGGACGCACCAAUCGUACUCGUCCAGCUUUUGGGGUGUCCGGCAGAUCUUUCCUAUAGGCGGGGUUAUGACUCUUGCGCCUUCAUCACUGAUUACGGCCGGAACUCUUGGGAAGCUGCGGGCUGUCAUCGAGCAUCCCUUCUGGACGGCAUACAUUGUGCCGUCGGUUGUAGGAAUGUUGGCGACUUUGGCUGGUGUUCGUGACGUCGAAAAGGCCAAAUCCAAAUCCUCACUUCUGGCCUUCCUCCUCGCCGAAAUCUCUGAAGGUGGAAUCGCUCUUCUCAACGCGCCCCCAGAGCGCGGCAAGAACUGGCCUGGAGUGAGCAAGAAGACCGGCCAGUGGAUGAAGGAGUAUAUGUGGGCUGGUGCCCCCUCUCCCCAGCAGGCUCUUCGAUGGGGUAUCGAUGCCUUCGAGUCAAAGUACGCUGGCGCACCUAGGGCCGAGUGGCAUGCUUUACUAGAGCAGGAGGUCGUCGCGGAUCUGAAGGCGAUGCAAAGGAAUCCUGCGAUGAUCGAGGAUUAUAGGCGGUUCGUGGUUUUGACGGGGGAGCAGAGGCGUCAAGAGGGAUCGGUUGAGUGGUUGACCCCAGAUGCGCUCGAGCUUGAGCUUUGA